CAAGCAGCAGCUUAUACAACGAUCGAAAGACAGCCACGUUGAUAUCUACUUCAUAUGGAAUCAAUUCUGGGGGGCACAUACGAUGGAUGGUGGAACAAAGGAAGGGGGUGAGGAGACAACACUACAGAAGGAUGACGCUGAGACCAAAGGAGCCGAGAAUAUUUCUGAAAAGGAAGAUGACGAUACUGUGGAAGAUGAUUUGGCUAGCAUCGCAUCAAGUGAUCUUGCCAUGGCCGAUGAGGCUUCCGAUGAUUCUGACGAAGAAAAUGUGACGGCAGAUAUGGUUGAUGACAUUGUUACAGAGACUUUUGAUCCCUAUGCUUUUACUCCAUUGCCUAUGAAGCAUAUCGUACCACUAUGGGUUAAACACCCUCCUGAAAAGUGUGAUGAUAAAAAUUGGGAGAUUUUUAUGGAAGCACUGGAGGCUUUCGACCAAGAUACCUUGCAUGAGGGAAAGGACGAUUUUAUCGUCACUAUUGAAACGCUGUGUCCACAUUUGAGCGCAUGCUUCGCAACGCUUACAAAAGACAGUCCCGUCACGGAAAAGGAUGUUUGCUCAAGAAUUAUAGUGUGGCUAGAAGUUUGUCUUGGCAAAGGAGUGCAAGCAUCUGGAGAGACCAAGAAAUUAAAUGAUAUUGCUUUGAAAAUUUUGAAAGCAGUAAUGUCCGCACCGAAAGGCAUCGGUACAGGGCUGAUUGAAGCUGGUUUGAUCGAAUUGUUGAUUGAAGUUGCCCAAGAUUUGCGUUAUUUGGAUAUACAAGCUCGCCUGCUUCGCAAUCUAUUUCUGCUGAUUUCUUCUCCUCUGACUUGGCGAGAGGCAAUCAGUCGCUUGGCUGAAACUAAUAACGAAGAAUCUCACGAUACUGUUUACUCGAAACUGAUCGCAAUAUCAUUAGGAAGUUUCCCCAGCAAGAAUACGCUUCCACUCAUAACGCUCAUCGCUGCUUGGUCACGUUUUGCGACCUCGGUAAACAGGCUAGAACUUAGUGCGAAGGACCUGUUCUCUGCAAUCUCACGUGCUACCCAAUUGAGCGAGGUGUCAGUAGACGACUUCUAUGAAAAAUGGGAUGAGUUUGUUAAAAGCCUCGAUAUUUUACGGGACUAUAUCAUCGAGUUUCAUGACGAGAGGACUUGUGUUACGUUUGACGUCUACGCAUUGUUAGAUACUACUGACAUACUCGAUAUCUGCUGCAAACUGCUCAAACUCUCUCAGAUCGUGGAUAAAUGGCCGAAUGUGCUGAAGUUUAUUCGGUCACUCCUUGAUGAUAAAUAUUAUGGCAUGUUGUUUAUUGCCUGCCACCCUGGUCUGGGUACACUGCUUGAGGAAUUGAGGAAGGUCUCUGAAAAGGAGAAAGUGAAAGAAGCUCUAGUGGAUGGAGACAUGUUUGACGAAGGCGUCUGGCAGCUAGAAACUGAAUUUCCGACCGCUACUGAUGUGUAUAUGACAGUCGUCUACAGACUUCAUGCGCUGUAUUUGAUUGAUGACUUGAAGGACAGCAUCGGAACACUCCGUCUUGAUAUUGAUGACGACAAUUUGGUGAAGACUUUGACAUCGAUCUGCAAUUUAUGCAAUGUAAGCGAAAAGGCACGAAAGGAAGUGCUCUGGGUCUUAUCACAAAAAUAUCUGUAUCAUAUCGUGGAUAUAAUCACACAUGCUAAGACCAAUAUCGAUGUACGAAACAUGUCUUGCUAUGCGCUAGCAACACAUUUGAUGGCCAUAGUUCUCGCGGAAGUAGACGAUCACCGAUUUUGGCUCAAAUAUUCAAAGAUUUUUUCCAAAUUGAUCACGGAUAGAUGCAUCACUUACAAUGAUAACCGAAAAUUACAUGAGUAUCUGGCUCCACUCACUUCCUACAUCUUCCAAUACGUUGGACAAAAUGACCCUGGAUUAGUGAAGGGACUUUUCAGGAAAAUGUGCGCGUUCAUGCAACACAGACAUGAGGUAAAUACCGGAGCCACUGGCUUUGUUCGAGCUCUUGAAGCUGAGAUAAUGCACGCGAAUGAAAUGUCACGUUUGGAAAGAUACCACACUCUAGAGCGUGAAGGAGCAUUCGAGAAGCUUGCAAGUUGGCUCUUCGAAUUUGUGCAAUAUCGCCAUGUUAUGUGGCAAAUGGGUGAGCCAGUGUCAUGCGAAGAUUCUAGAUUAUUCCUCGAUUUCGCAUUCCCUGUGUUGCGAAUCCACGCAGGAUAUUUCCGAACAUGUUCCCGAUUCGUUGGGCAACCCAGUGAGAGAAUUAAGAUGAAAAGCGCUGAAGAUCAAAGUAGACGUAUCGUUAAGCUGCGGCCUAUGAGUGACACCUUACUUGAUGCUGUGUUUUUGAUGUGGAGCUGUGCAGGAGGAAUGAAUGGACAGGCAUAUAGCGAAGACUGUAAGAAGAUCCGCUUGGCGGUUCUAGAUGUGCUGAAGCCAUCACUUUGCUUUGAGCAUUCCCUGACCUCAAUAAUCCGUCAUAUCAUAUUCCGAAGCUGCUCGCGCCCACAUUUUUUCCCUGGUCUUCUCAGUCUCCUCCUGACCUUAGCUCCAUCCACUGCUCCUUUGACAGUUCUCAAGAGGGAUCUGCCCUCAUUCAAAAAUGUGAUAAUUGACCAUCGACAAAGAGUGAAGACCUUUGUCAACGCAUUCGUAUCCUGCGAUAAUAGAGCCGAAAUCGCCGAGCUACUGCUUUCACCCAACUCCUAUGUGUCUGAAUUAUCCUUUGCCUUUGUUGAACGCAUGGCAAAUAUGGACUACAGAAUCACUUGGGAUAUCAUAAGUAUCUUGUUGAACUACGUCGCUACCUCAGUCGAACUUUUUAACAACGUAAGAGAACCAAAAGGCACACCUGCGACGCAGUCUUCCGAGGAUGAUCUAAAAAAACCUGAGGCCCAUAACUCCCAUGCAUCGACGGGUUUGGUUAGAAUGAUGGAAUCGUUCCAAAACCUCUGUACUAUCCACGCUUUCCGUCUGGUGCUUUACGACUUCUUGAGUCGUUCACGCGAUGGAUUGCGACUUCUAACACCUAUAUUGAAUCAAUUUGAAAAACCAACUCUGGAGAGUGAGCGCCAGCUGCGGUUUCAGACGGCUGCUCUGGAGGUGCUUAGUGGUUUCCUUGCACCAACGCUGUGGGCUAAGGAACGUCCAAGUCUGGAGAUAUGCUCUCUGUACGAUUUCAUCGAAUUUCCCGUAGCCAACGAUGAUCCCGUUGAAGAAGUAUUCUGCAAAAGAAAGAAAGAGGAGAAGAGUUCAUUAGUGUCUGGACCUCCGGAUGAUGCUGAAAAGCCAAUCAAGGUCGAAGAAGAUUCGCCAGAGAUCAUCGAAGUUGAUCCUCCACCUCCACGAACUCCUAGCUGCCUAGAAACAGUCUUGCUAUCAUUCCUUCGAUUCAUAAACGAUGCUGAGCAAAAAUUAUCUCUCGUGCAACGUGCUCUUAUGAUAUUGAAGGAUGCUACUUCUGAAGUUCCUCAAGAAAAUAUGGUGUUUGUGGAUGUUUUAACCUAUUGUUUGGUGGAAGUGGGCUUGCUGGGUUUCUUCAAACGUUUAGAAGCGGUGUUCGAUAACGGUGAGGCAAUGACAUGCCUAUCUGCGGUAGUUGCCAUUCUCGACAAAACAGUGGGUGAUAAAACAAAUCUUCUUCGGAAAGUACUUGCGUUUACUUCAUCCGAGCAUCCAAUGGUUUCUAUCAUAGCCCAUUUGAAUGAACUGGACGAUGCCGACGAGAACACCAAAAUUGUAUUGAAGACUCUAGAUAAAUUCUUCAGACAACUCAAUGAAGAAUCCUCUAGUCCCAGAGCCGAUCCGCGCAGGUGUCGUCCGGUAUCGCAGAUUCAUGGAAGAGUACUGGUUGAACUUUGUAAACGUAAUCUUUAUAGUAAGCCGUUAUUGUUGGCUGUAGACGGAAUAGAGAAAGCUCGAGAGAAUACAAAAGCGGCAUCUAGGAUCCUGGUACAUCGUAAAGAGACGGUCGGAACGCGAAUGGGCAGCGAUGUAGCAAAAAUGAUUGAAACUCACAAGGGAAAGGAGAAGGCUGUUAGGAACAUCAUCAGAGAGCAGUUGAAAUAUGCGGAAAGUGAAGAAUCUGCAAGUCCGCAAAAAAGAAUGCGAUCUUCUUCAAAAAAUUGAUGUGAGAUGUGAUCAAAAAUUGUUGUCCUUUUUUUCUCACCUCCUAUUUUGUUGUGUAAAGAUCUCUGCUAUAGAUAUAAGCCCUGUUUCGCUGAUAUGAUUGUUUUGUUGAUGUGCCUUCCUUAUAAAAUACGUGUUUGGAUCCAGCCUAUCAAUACUGUUCGAACGCUUGAACGGUCAAGAAGAUAACGUACAACUUUAUUAUAUAGAAAUUUGUUUGUUAUGAUAAUCACGAAAUGAGAUUGUUGUGAACAUAUGAAUAAAUAAGAAUUUGA